AUGCGCUGCUCUCUGUUCAUCGCUGCCAUGUUAUCUACAUUGGCUAUCCCGGCUAUGUCCAUGCCUAUCCAGCAAGUCUACGAGCGCGAAUAUGACGAAGUCAUGGCCCGAGAACCCUCCUAUGGAUUCGGGACGGCUAGGCUCCAUAUAAGGCCCACGGCACGGGAACCUGAGCCGUUCGCUGAACACGCGCCCAGCACUCCCGCUCACAUUACUCCGCUCGUCGCUAGGGAGCCUGCGAGCGCUCAUGCUUACCGUUCCUUGCCCGAGGACGAGCUGGAAACCCGCGGGUGGUUCUCCGUCAUCAAGGAUGGCGCCCAGGGUGUUGAGGCCAUUAAGAGUGAACAUGAUAGCAAGAAGAAGAACAAGAAGCAAGGAAAGAGGAGCGAGGAGCUCGAGGAUCUCUAUGGGCGGGAGUUCUAUGACUAUGACUAUUACUAG